GAGAACAAGGAAAACAAAUUCAUUGCAAGUGCAACGCCUAGUUUGAAAGGGAAACGUGUUUCUAACGAAGGCAUACGGGGGUGCCCUCGCUUCCUCCUUGUAAAACGAUCGUCUGAGAGUCGUCGUUCGAAACAUCAUCGCAGGAAAGACGACAUGGCCUUCGACGGAACCACGAGGGUGGCCUCACAUCUGUUUUGUUUCGUCCUUAUGCUGUCGCUUUUCAUCAAAUCGGCGAUGGCCCGUCAGGUCGACUCAAAUUUCCACGAACCAGAGCCGCCACCCAGGUUCAUGGAAGAUGAGCCACCGUCGAGGGGAGCCGCAAACGAUGGGCAGCCUGGUGUGGAUCGGGAGAUCCCGGAUUAUGACGUGGGUGUACCAUCCUUGGCCCGGCCACCACGUCCCGCUGACGAAGAAUUGACAUCCAUGGCCAAGGAGUCGCAGCCGCCCGAUGAUGACGCUGACGCGAAGCCAGGGCAUGAGGGUCAUCUGGCCGUAGAUGGCAGUAGUCCUGGAAGGUAUCCUCACAAGUACGUGAAGCCGGCUAACGCGGCUGAAGGAGGAAGGGACUUGGAGCCACCUAUGACGCAUGACGAGCGCCUGGUGCAUGACGGGAACGGACCAGAAAGUCAUGAUCCGGAGCCACCUUCCACGUUCAAAAAGCAGCCUCGUGGGUCUGUAGCAGGAAGAGACUCGAAACCGGCUACCGAAUCUGAGGAGCAUUCGGCUCCUGACCGGUAUGAACCGGAAAGCCGUGGUGCGGGGUCGUCGUCCAGAGACAGGGAGCAGUCUCGCUGGCGCGAAGGGCAGGGAGGCCCGGAACCGGUCAUGGCGUACGACGAGGGCCCGGCGCGUGAUGAGGAUGAACCGGAUGGUUCGGAGCCUCCUGCCACGGACGAGGAGAAGCCAGUGGUGGUGGUGGGCAUUGAAGGGCGUCCCGCCGUAUCUGGCGACACUCCGAAACUUCCAGUUCCGAUGGAGUGUUUGUGGUUCACUGAAUCUAUGCGUAAAUGCAAGAAAACAAGGCUAUCUGGGGAGCGGUUUCUAUACAUGCUGAAAAAAUUGCAGAAUACCACUUAUCGGAAGGAUCUCUUAGACUGCUUGACCGAAAAAUCUGAAGAUGUGCCCGAUAACAUGUACUGCACCGACGAGCAGUCCGUGCAGGUCAUGACCACUUGCGUUAGGAAUAACAUCAUGAAGCAACACGUGACUAGCGAAGACGAUGUCAGAGAACUUAUUGGCGAAACCAAAAAAUGCUUGAGCGAAAUCCACAAGGAAAAGAUGCGCAGGCUGAAACGCCCGACAAAGAGGCCCCCGCUUUUAAUUAUCGCUCGAAGAUAACGAGAAAAUGUGACGCACAAUUCGUGGAGAGAAACCACAUGGGAACGACAUCACGCUUUCUCUGACUUACUGAUUGGUGGAGCCUUCCUUGUUUCUGUAUCUUUUUACUGUGAAUCGUGAUAAUAAAAGAAAAAAAAAGUUUCACUG